AUGUGCAACUACAUCUAUAAGGAACUCAGCUGCCAACACCACUACCAUCUGGUAGAAUCAUGGUGUCCCAAGUAUAUCGAGACAGAACGUCGGUGUCCGCCCACCAUUGUGAGCAAGCAGUACUGGGGUGACGACAUUUGUGCUGCCUGUCGCGAACGCCAACAACCCAGCAAUCACCCAUGGGCGAAACUGAUCCAACGCCCCGAGUCACGCUUGUCCUACUCUCCUCAACUUCGUGCGCAAUGA